UUGCAACUGUGUUUAUUGUUGGCGUCAGUCUACAUGGUACAUAUGGCCACGCCCUGUACCACUGGAUGGUUCGGCCCUGAUUGCCAGUACAGAUGUCGCUGUACCAACAACAGCUGUGACGUCAACGGUUUCUGUGUCAACGGUUCCAAGUGUAACGUCAGCUGGUUUGGUCCAAAGUGUCAGUACCAGGACCUGAUGUUUCUCAGGAGUUACAUCACCCCUGAGAGUGUCCUCGUUGUUGACGGAGACGAUACGACGUGCGUUUAUCAAAACCGUUUCACCGUCACGUGGGCGACCUACUACGAGAUCAACUGGAUCCGACUGAUUGUAUCAGCUACAAGUCGAAAUGUGGCAUUAAAGCAGACAACGAAACAGUCUGAAGACUAUAAAUGGUAUGGUGCCACCUUUCCCUCCUAUCUGGCAGUAGACGGCAACAACGAUACCAGUGUAACUAGAGGCUCCUGUAGUCUAACUGUGUCUAAAGGAGUGUGGAAC